AUUUGCAAUGUAGUAUGGUCUUAUUCCUACCAAAAAAUCACCGCCCAAAAGAGGAGCCAAUUUUCCCCUUUGUUUCUUCUGUGGACUGCACAAGUCUUUGGAACGUUUGAUUCUACCAGAUCAUUAUCUUCACUUGUCUAGAAGGGACGAAGAGAGCACUCUUCUUUUCUCUCUGUUCCACUAUUUGUUUCCACCUGCACAAACCCUAAGGAGACCUGCGAUCCUCAACAUUGAUCUAUCAGAAUCUUCAAUUCUUUAUGUUCUUCUUUGCAGGUUCAGUCUCGAAUCCCAUAAUUUGGACGGCUGUUCUGGAUUUGAAUUGUAAGAAACACUGAAGAUACAGUCCUGGUUGAUUGCUUCGUAGCUGGCAACAAUUCAUUCCUUACAAUAUAUUUUUAAAGCACAGAUAUGGGUGCCUUCUGCUGCUGUCCUUGCAGUGAUGAAUUUGAAGAAUAUGCUUAUGCUGGCAAUUCAAUAUAUAGGCACUGCAUCUGCCUAAGAUUCUUUUUCCAUCAGUUACUCAGUGGGUAUGGUGCAAUGUUUCAUAGACUUGAAGGUCGGCCAAUAUCUUCAACCGAAGGAGGUACUUCUUUGACAUCAACAGGAGUUGGCACGGGAUUACCAGAUGGUUCCAUUAGUGAUACUCAUGUCUCAUUAACCAGGCCAGUCCCUUAUGAUGCUGACCAAAGAUACACUCGUUUACAGCGAGAUGGUUUAGUAUCUAGAAAGUCAAUGACUCAUUUUCAAGAAGAAUCACAACCAUUGAGGAGAAAUAUGAGCAAUUCUGGCAUGGAAUCAUCUGGUUUUGGGAAGAAAUGGAAUGGGGUUGAUUUGGAGGAAGACUAUAAACUGAGUCAUUCAGAGUCCUCAGAAAAAGCUCUGGAAACAAAAGUUACAUAUGGACUGUCUUAUGUGCAACAGUCUUUUGAAGAUGAAGAUGUCUGCCCUACUUGUCUUGACGAAUACACUCCAGAAAAUCCCAAAAUCACAACAAGAUGCUCCCACCAUUUUCAUCUUGGUUGUAUUUAUGAAUGGUUGGAAAGAAGUGAAAAUUGUCCAAUAUGUGGCAAGGAGAUGGAGUUUUGUGAAAGCCCUUAAGUUGGCGGCGGCAUUGGAUUGCAAAGAAAUGUGGAGAGGCCUGGCUGUAGAAAUAAAUGCUCUCUUCUUAUUAACAUUAUUGAAUAGAGAAAGUGAUUGUACCUUGUAUCUACUAUGUAGUGCCUUGUAAUUUGUCUUCUUUACUUGGUCAAAUGCUUGUCGCCCUUUUUUUAAAUAGAAAACCAUCGAUCAAUGUAUAGUUAUAUCAACUGAUUGUAAACAUUAUUUUCAAGCGAUCCUAUUAAUGAUGCAUGCUGAGUAAAAUCAGUUGCAAGCUCUGCUUCUA